AUGUACAAUCCUCUCCGCCCACCGCCCAAACCGCCUGCCUUCGCGACUGGAUCGAAUGCUAGCUUGCCUGAGGAGAGGGCGUCGCCAUGGUCUAGACUCGUAUUUUCCUGGCUUGAUCCUCUCUUGAUGGUUGGUUUCUCGCGUCCUCUGCAGACAGACGACCUGUGGACACUUCCCAACAAGUACCUGGCCUCCCAGCUGAGCGACAAGGUUGAGCGAAAUUUCUUUGAGCGCUGUCCGCCAGAGCAACGACCGGCCUUUAUGCAGCCCAGACACAACGACGACUGCACUACUAGCCGAGAAUCUCCUUCAGACAUCGAGAUGUCAGCUGGGGAAGAGGCGAAGCUCCCGCAGUACGAGUCGGGCCCAAAUUACGACCAGUGGGCAAGAUGGAUACCUGGAUAUGGCUUGAAGACAAACAGAUCGGGCGAGAUUAAGUAUGAUUCAUCUUUGCUUUAUGCUCUACACACGACUUUCUUUUGGAAGUGGUGGGCGGCUGGAAUCCUCACGCUCAUUGCCAACACACUCAAUACAUGCACGCCACUAGUUAGUCAAGUCCUGCUCACCUGGCUCACAGACUCGUACACGUAUCAUCGAACAUCUAUCGAACAACGAGAGGGCUUGAUACCUCCGCAGGGAAUUGGUUAUGGUAUCGGGCUGUCAUUUGGGCUGUUUUUGAUGCAAGAAAUCUCAAGUAUUAUUACUGCUCAUUAUUCAUUAAUGACUAUGCAGACCGGAUUUGAGAUGCGCACUGCUACGAUAGGCACAAUCUUUCGCAAGUCGUUGCGCCUCAGCGGUCGUGCAAGACUCAAGCACAGCAGCGGUCAAAUCACUACAAUGAUUGCCACAGACACUACCCGUCUGGAGCGUGUCACAAUACAAGCGCACAACCUUUGGGUCGCGCCUCUUCAGAUCGCGAUCGGAAUGGGUCUGCUCAUUGAUCAACUUGGGUAUUCUGCACUCGUCGGUUUAGCGGUGUUAGUCUUUGGCUUUCCUGUGCAGAUGGUCUGCACGAGGAUCAUGUUCGACCACCGUCUUGCCGGCUUACGAAUCACGGACCAGCGGAUUCGAGUGGUCGGAGAGAUACUCCAAGGUAUCCGACUCAUCAAGUACUAUGCCUGGGAGAGGUUCUACACAGACCAGGUAUACCAUGUCCGUCAGCGCGAGCUGAGUCAUGUGCGAAAGCUGAGCAUCGCCCGGGCUGCGCUACUUGCUAUGGUGACUGCCAUUCCUGUAGUGGCUGCAAUAUUGUCUUUUAUUACUUAUGCCUUGAGCGGCCAUAAUCUCACUGUCUCUACCGUGUUCACUGCGCUACAGUUUUUGAAUAUUAUUCGCACUCCGAUUCGCAAUGUUCCUCUUAUUUUACAAGCUUCCACGGACGCGAUAGUCGCUCUUCGCCGAAUCUCAAACUUCCUGGUCGCAGAAGAAAUACCUGAGCCGUAUGUCUUGGACCCCGAGAGCAAGUUUGCCGUCGACGUAGACGGCGAUUUCGUAUGGGAGACUUCGAAUACAACUGGAGAUGGCUCCGAGAAGAAGGAUAAAUCUAGAGCUUAUGUAGCCGAGAAGAAAUCUACCUCUCAUAAAAGAACACACAGCUUUUUCAAGCUCAAACCGAAGAAACCCGACGGCAGCUUUCCCGCAACAGCAUAUGGGGGAGACAAGGAAGAGCAGGGCUCGGAAAAGCCUGCCGAAGAAGAAAAACCAUUUGCGUUGAAGAAUCUUCGUUUUCAGGUGCCUCAUGGCUCGUUCGUCGCCAUUGUUGGAAGUAUUGGCUCAGGGAAGAGUUCUUUGUUGCAUGCAUUGAUAGGAGAGAUGCGCAGGACCAGAGGCCAAGUUGUCGUGUCCUCCCGCAUCGCGUUUGCGCCUCAGACGCCCUGGAUCAUGCAUGCCAGUGUGCGCGAGAACAUCACGUUUGGACAACCUGAGGAUGAAAAGAGGCUGAAGGAAAUCUACCAUGCAUGUUGCCUCGAAGAAGAUCUUGAGAUGUUUCCCCAGGGACAGGACACUGAGAUUGGGGAAAAGGGCAUCAACUUGAGUGGAGGUCAGAAGGCCCGUGUUUCCCUCGCACGCGCCGCGUACUCUGGUUCAGAAAUUGUCUUGAUGGACGACUCGCUAAGUGCGGUUGAUGCUCAUGUUGGUAAAACCCUCGUCGACAGCUGUCUCGUGAAGGGCCCACUAGCUGGUAAAACACGAAUUCUCGUCACGCACGCCUUGCAUAUGCUGGACAAGACAGACUAUGUAUAUGUCAUGGACAAUGGUGCCAUCGCGGAACAGGGUACAUUCAAUGAUCUUAUGAACAAAGGAGCAGUAUUCUCACGUCUGAUGGAGGAAUUUGGGAAUCAACGACGUGAGGAGGUUGAAAUUACGGCGAAAAUCGAAAGUAAUAUUAUCACUGUGCCGAAGUCUGAGGGUGAGAAGCAAACGCGGCCGAAGGUAGCUUUGAUGCAAGCGGAAGAGCGGCUCACUGGGGCUGUAUCACUCAAGGUGUAUGACAAUUAUUUGCGUGCCGCGGGUGGGUUGUGGUGGAUCCUCGUCCUUUUUAUCAACGUAGUAGUAUAUCAGGGUUCACAAGUUGCGAACAACUUAGUUCUUGGAUGGUGGACCUCUGAGUCUAUCUCGGGGUUCACACAGGGAGACUACAUGGCACUGUAUGCCGCACUCGGAGUGGGCAGCGGAGUAGGCGCAUUCUUGCUCAGCAUGUCGUUCACUGUCGCAACAUUGAUAGCCGGAUUGCGCCUAUUCAAGGAUGCGUUGAAUUCGGUCUUGCAUUCUCCUGUUUCAUUUUUUGAUACAACACCUAUGGGCCGUAUAAUGUCUCGGCUAUCGAACGACCAAAAUACCUUGGAUUUGAACUUGGCGUUGACGGCAAAUCAGCUGUUGCAAACUUUCAGUUCGGUUGUUGGAACAGUCGUUCUCGUAUUCUACACGUUGCCAUACCUAGGGACAAUAUUUGCGCCGCUUCUGCUUCUUUAUCUCAUUGCUGCCAUGUUCUACCGGCGCACAUCUGUUGAGACCAAGCGUCUCGAUUCAAUCAUGCGUUCAAUGCUGUAUUCUGCAUACACAGAGUGCCUAACUGGUCUGAGUACUGUGCGAUCCUAUCGUGCGCAGAAUCGCUUCGUCAUGCAAUCAGAUCACGGACAAGACAUGGAGAAUCGUGCAUAUUACAUGACGAUUGCAAUACAGCAAUGGCUCAGCAUCCGACUCGAUACGCUCGGUAACCUACUCGUGCUUGGUAUCGCCCUCUUUGCCUCAGGUAUACGGACAACGAUCGACCCAAGUAGUAUCGGUGUAGUGCUCUCAUAUACACUGAGUGGUGAGUUUUGGUACUUCAAUAACGUCUUUCGAAAAGCGGCUUACUCCGCGCCGUCUACAGUGACCGAAGUGCUUUCCUCCCUCAUCCAGACAUAUGCGCAAAACGAGCAGAAUUUCAAUGCCGUGGAACGUGUGCAAUACUACACACAACUACCAUCCGAGGGUGAAACAACAAUGCCCAAUGACCCUUCCCCGGCUUGGCCCGAGCAAGGACGGAUUAGAUUUGAGAAUGUCGAGUUAGCAUACAGGGAAGGACUCCCGCUCGUGCUGAAAGGUGUCACGUUCACUGUACACCCUGGAGAGAAGAUUGGAAUCGUUGGUAGGACUGGAGCAGGAAAGAGCUCCCUUUUGCAAGCAUUAUUCCGGAUAGUCAACACCCAAGGAGGAAUAAUCGAAAUUGACGGAUAUAACAUACGCGACAUCGGUUUAGACACACUGCGGGGUCAGCUUGCGCUCGUUCCUCAGGAUGCGUUGCUUUUCAAGGGCACAUUGCGACAAAAUCUGUCAAUGAAGGGACCACCUAGUGAUCCACAAGGCAUUCGUGCGGAUGCGGAACUCAUAUCUGCUCUCAAACGCACUUGGCUGCUUCCGCGCGAUGGAUCGUGCGACCCUGUGGUGGAAGCGAAGUUCAGUUUGGAUUCUCCCGUGAGUGAAGAAGGAUCAAAUUAUAGUGCGGGCGAGAAGCAGCUGCUCGCACUGUGCCGGGCAGUCGUAAAGAAUAGUCGCAUUAUUGUUCUAGAUGAGGCGACAAGCAAUGUCGACGUUCAGAUGGAUGCGAAGCUACAGGCGACUAUUCAAAUGGAAUUUUCUUCGUCUACACUGUUAUGCAUCGCGCACCGCCUAAAUACUAUUGUUUACUAUGACAAAAUUCUCGUUAUGGACGCUGGGAAAGUCGUUGAGUUUGAUACUCCGCUGACACUCUACAAUCAGAAGGACUCAAUCUUCAGGUCGCUAUGCGAUGAGGCCAACCUGUCCGGAGAGGAUAUUGUUCGAAUCAGAACAAGUGCCCAGAUUUAUUGA